UCUUCUCUCGUUCAUCCUUGCUGUGGCCAUCCCUGCCAAAAUCAGACAAAAAAAAUGGUAACCCCCCUCUCCUUCAGCAUGGUUCCCAAGGAAAGAGGGGGGAGGCAGGGAGCAAUGAUAUUGCCUCUGAUGAAAUAGAGAAACAUGACUAUUCAAAAUACAAACUUCAACACUUGUAGAAAAACAAACAUUCUUCAAUAAUUUGGGAAAAAUAGAGAUACGGAGGCAUUGAAAAAGACUCUUUUGCCCAUCAUUCUUCUUUAAAUUUUCAAAAUGAAAAAUUUUGACGCCUUUCUAAAAUUGCCGAGGCUUAUCUCCAUACUGAAACCUCUCUCACAAAAUUUUAUACGAUUGAUCAGUACCAAAAAAAAAUUCAUUAGAAUAAUCUUUGAUCAACAAGAAGAGAUGAUGAAUCAGAAGCAAAGAUGCGAGUCAGAUUAGGUAUCUAUUACUCUAUUUGAGUUUGGGGCUGAUUUCACUCCGUCUGGUUCAAUUAGAUGAUGCUAACAGGCAUAUAAGACCAAAAAAUCCUAAUUUAUUUUGGUUUUCUCAGACUCAAAUCUCAGAUCUACGAUCAUAUACAACCAGAGAUGGCACCAAGAAAACUAAUGGGUUUUGAAGAUGUUCUUGUUUUGACAGGCGUCAAUGAGAGAACCCAAUUCGUUCUUGAAUCCUCGAGUGUAAACCGCUGGGAUCCUCUAUUCUUACACCCUUUCUUUAAGUUCGGAGACCAUCGGAAGUCAGAACAAGGACAAGGUUCUUCCUCCAAUCCGAACUGAAUUUCGCUCCACUACCCUAGAUCCUCCUGUUCUGAAUCUAGCAUAACAGAGGUCGACCCCCUUGAAUCAACCUAAUCUCCGACACCGAUUUGCAGAUCCAAAUCCAAGACACUGAGCCUUCAAAAGCCCCAUCUCAUCGCCGUUCUCCAACAACCAUUAAUAGCCAACCGCAGGAAGAGAAGGUUUUGUCUCACAUGUGAGUAUGAUGAAAACGCAGAUGCAAUACGACUCCAGGAAAAGGUGUACUCCAGCCACAUCUAAAUCUCAAACAGUUGAUAAUGUAUUCUUAUUGGGGGAUCAAGUUUCCUUCUUGGAUGAUAAAACCCUCCGUCCUUCCAAAUCUAGUUCGAAUUGUGAUAGGGCAUUGUAGAAGAUGCGAAUGUUUUGAAAUCUUUGGUCCACUCCCUUUCCUUAAGGAUCUAGAACUACAUGAUUCGACAGCCCUAAAGAAGAUUAAUGUAUGGAAUUGGAGGAGACAAUGUCAAGUUCAGGGAGGAGAUGCAUCAUCGUCCAUAUUCCCAUCAUUAAAAAAACUCUUCCUCCGUGACAUGCCUAAUUUGGAGGAAUGGUGUGGAGCUGGAGACAAUGAGGAUGCAAUUGAUGGAGUGGAUAUGGGGGUACCAUUAUUCCCUCUCCUUUCCUCUUUGGAGAUAUCCAACUGCCCUAAAUUGGAAACAAUUCCUCCACAUCCUACUGUUGAAAAGAUGGAGUUGUAUCAUUGUAGUGGCCAACAAUUACAGUCAACACUGCUGAUGAAGACGAGGUGCAGGACGGUUGAUAUGACGACAACCACAACAACUUCCUCUCAAGAAGACUUCAAAGGUUUUCCACUUCCUGCAGAGAAGAAGGCGAUGCAAGGUUUGAUUUCUCUCCGGACUCUUACUAUUAAGGAAUGCUCAAAUUUGACGUCCUUGUCUCAGUUACAAGGCUUGCAAUACCUCACCGCCCUUGAGGAGCUACAGAUUGAAGAAUGUCCAGAUUUUUGUUCGUUGGAGGGAAUCCAAGCUCUUACUGCCCCGAAAGAGUUGACGAUUGAAAGCCUUCCAAAAUUACAGCAGCUGCCACAGGAUUUGGAGAACCUCCAAUCUCUCCGAGACCUUCGUAUUUCUCACUGUCCCUUCAAUAAUGUCGAGGGGUUGGGAACCCUCCCAUCACUUCAAAGCCUCGAGAUUAAUGAUGUGCCUGAUUUAGUAUCUCUACCACAGUCACUUGGAAACCUCAAAUCGCUUCAACAUCUUCAAAUCUAUUAUAUCCCCAAUUUGGAAUCUCUACCGGAAGAAACGAGGCAAUUGACGAGAUUACGGGAUCUUCGUAUUUAUGGUUGUCCCCAUUUGGAGGAACGAUGCUCAAGGGAGACUGGUGAAGAUUGGCCGAAGAUAUCUCAUGUCCCUUGUGUUGAAAUGUGGUGAUUGAUGCUCUCCCUCUACUGAGAAUUAGUUAAUUUGUGGAUUCAUGCUACUGCAGCUUCCAUCCAUAACGCUGUGUUCUUCUUGUUAGGUUUACAUUGCUCUGCUUCAUUGGUGUUUUCUCAGGCUUGGCCCUGGUGAAUGAAUCCUCAUCGACAUCCAAUGAUAUUCACAUUGAGCAUUGUACAACCCCUGUUUCAGGAUCCCCCAAAUUGAGCGUUGAUAGAUGUUCUCUGAGUAAUCCAACGCCUUCAGAUAUUGAAGUCAUCCUCAGGAGCAAUGUGGGAGAAGUACUUCCAAGAGUUCAAACGUAUUAUAGGACAGUAGGAUUGGAGGAUGUCAUUAGAGCCGAGCUUUAUGUCACUCCUCUGAAGUGUUUGGGACUACUGGAUGGACAUUGACAUACAUGGGCUUCUAACCAUAAAGCUACUACAAAGGAGAAUGAACCCCAUUUGCAAUUGUAGUUUAUGGUUUUUUUGUUCUUGUCUUUUGAAUGGUGAAUGUGGGAGUUAAUGUUUUAUAGGGUUUUUGAUAUGAAGAUGGGAUGUAUGUGUUAAUAUUGAUAACCACAGUAUUUAGACAAAUGGUGGAAGAACUGUUGUUUAUUUUUUGCUUCCACUUUUCUUGUAAAUGGUGAUGGAAUGACUUUACAAGAAUGCUAAUGUUGAAUGGGUGCGGGUCCCCUUGUUUGUAUUGGUGCAA